UUCCACCCACCUAUACCUCAUUCUCACAGGUACCAUACAACAGUUCUUACGGUGCCCCAGGAAUCGUAUACAGAGAGGUGAGAGGAGCUUGCGCCAGUUGGUUGUGCCGCUGGUUUGGAUGGUAGCGCAUUGGGUAGCCGAGCAGUACGGUACGUGCCGGCAGGCGAAGUGCCACGAACUCCCUGACUUUACUCCCACCCUCUCAGACAACCACCAGAGAGUCUCCCUUCUUCCCACCACGUACCGAGUAGUGGUGGUCGACGCAGUGUGUGCCCUUGUCCAUCACCACAAUCACUUGCUACAUAACAUCCACUCAAGUCCUUCUUCAAUUCACUUCAGACGUGAUCAAGGAUCUGGGCACAUCCUAAAUCAAUUGUUCGAUGAAGUUAAUUACUUGAAAAUAAAAGUAACGAGUUUAACGAAUUUUCAGUGAAUUGCGGGCUCUUAUGAAGAUGAUUAAGAUUGAAAUAAAUAAUUGACAGAAGUGAUGAUCGUAUUUAUCUUUAACAUUUGGAGUUAAUGUUGAUGAAUAUAAUUAUUCUAGUUGUGAUAGCAAGUUGGAGUGAAAUAAAAACUGAUGGGUGACGGUGAUUUCUGGACAUUGUUGGACUGUGAGAUAUUAUUAUAGUUGUUAAUAGAAGUUUGGUAAUAGUGGGUAAUGAGUGGAAUAGCGGAAUUCAAGGAGAAAUAACGAAAUUUGGAGAAGACUUUGAAUUUUAAAAGAAUUAAAAAAAAAUCAUUUAUGGUUGGGUAUUUGUGAGAGUUGAAGAUGUUUAUGCGACGUUCAGAGCGGCCAAUGAGGCUUGAUUUUGUGGAAGUUAUUGGAGGAGAAACGACCAUCUCCAACGGCGAUUGACGAAGCAUUCCUCUGGAUCGUUGAGCGAGACUGAUGGGAUCAGAGUGAUAUUGAUCAUUAAGUUGACGUGAUUUCACGGAAUCCCAGGGUUUGAGGGACCAGUAAAGCUGGGGAGUUGGGAUUUUUUUUAAGGAUUUUAUCAGACCAGAGAUUUUGCGAUUUAAUUCAAGAUUUCGAGGCUUUGAUGUUGUGAACUUUAGUGGACUGUGGAUUAUUGAUGAGAAGUUUCAUGGGAGGGUGAACUGUUUAUGGUCGAGACGACGGGGCGAAAGGAGAUUCGGGAUUUUUCGGAGUGGAUUAUUGAGCAGAAUGAAAUAUUUGUGGCUGUGUGUCGCCAUUGUGGCAGCACUGCCAGCGGCUGUUCCAUGGGAAACGCAGCGCAGUAAGCCCAUGCCACGUUUAUAUGGCGACAGGAUUCCCACGAGGGUCCUAACACCGAGCAACAAAAAAGUACAAAGAAAGAUCGUCCUGUACCACAACUUCUUCAGAACACACGUGACUCCCACCGCCUCCAACAUGCUCACAAUGAAAUGGCACAACGGUGCGGCUAAAUCAGCUCAGCGAUGGGCUGAGGCGUGUUAUGCACUGACCCAUGACAAUGCAACGGGUUUACAUAUUGACGCUUUUGGCAGUUGUGGACAGAAUAUUUUUAUCUCGACGGCACAAGUACCCUGGUUCUUCGCCAUAAAAACCUGGUACCUGGAGUAUCAGAUUUUCAAAUAUGGCCCGCACGCGAACAACGAUCUCAGUCAAAUAGGCCAUUACACCCAGAUGGUGUGGGCGCCAACUCAUCGUGUUGGAUGCGGUUGGGCAAAGUGCAAUGGUACUAGGGGUCCACAGGGACGACCAUACUUCAGUUACGUUUGCAACUACUGUCCCGCGGGCAAUCAUCCGGAUCGUCUAAGCACACCUUACACAGCCGGCCCAUCAUGCAGCAGCUGCAAGGACCACUGUAGAGUCGGCAAGCUGUGCAAGAAUGCCUGCCCAUGGGCUGACUUGUGGGCCAACUGUCGUCAACUCUAUGAAACGUGGCCCGGCUGGCUGUGCGAGACCGACACCGAACAAGGUCUCGAACGUCUUCAAUUUUGUCGGGCGACAUGCAGGUGCCGUGACAAAAUAGUGUAAUGUUAUAAAUUAUUGUAAAAAUUAUCAAUGUGACAAGCACAAGGUAAAACUGUUUAAUUUAGAAACAAAAGAUCUUGCGAACUAUUCAACAUUACGGUGAAUGGUGUGUUAGGAUGAUAUGGUUAUCUGGGUUAUGCUGGCUGGCUCGUGUAUGUGUAUUUUCGGCCAUUUAAUUGAGUGUGAGAGAGUGGUAAUACUCGCGUUUAACUGGCCAGCCCCGAGGGCAAUUUCGAGAAAUGAAAGACCCAUUAACCGACUGCCAUGUUAGAGGUUUUGACCAUGGUAAAUGACGUCAGGGCAUGUGGGGACAACGAGCGUACUUGAAUUGAUGGUUAAUGGGGAGGAGGAGGAGAGAUUAAAGUGUGGGUUUUAGAGGAACCGUUGGCCAUGAUAGUCACAAUAAUUUCAUUGUUUGUUUAAAAAUUUUCAUUACUGCAGUGGAAAAAAAAAAUUCCAGAUAUGCAUUUGCUCGAGGGAACGGUUUAUGUUUCUAAAUUAUAUUCGUCUGAUUGGGGCAUGCCCAGAGGGACCUGAUUACGUUCCAAUUAUGUUCUAUGAUUAUUCUUUCUUUUCAAUUGAUUAUUUUUUAGAAGAAAAAAAUUCGAUGAUUUCUCUCACAUUUGUAGAUAUUGAAGGGCUUCAUUUAAUGGUUAAUUAACACAUUCGUGUUUUAUCACAAUAUAAUGAGGCUAAAAUAAGAAUAUUAUCGGCCAGAAUCUGAAAUUAUUUGGAACAUGUUCCAUCUGCCGUCACUCAUUCCCGAGAUAAUUGCGUAGUUGAAUUAAGAAAAAUUCUUUCGAAAUUGUCCAACUAUUCGCACCAUAACUGAUAUUUAAAAAAUCGCAUUAUCAAUUAGAUUUAGUUUUACGAUGUGCUUUAUAAAUAAAAUUGAUAUUAAAUGCUGUCAGCUGAAAAUAUUUUGCUUUUUCGGAUCCUUUCAUUCCGCAAAUUACUCCAGUCACUCUAUCAACUUUUUAAAUCCUGUGUUCGUUGUUUAUUAUUUUUUUUUGCGAUCAAGGGAUCGUGGAAAGAGAAGGCGAAAAAAUACGAUAUUAUUUCGAGUGGAAUUAGGCAAACGGUUGAGUGCGGAUAAACAAUGUUGAAUGUUGAUGGCACUCGGGGCGAGUAUACGUAUUUCCAGGUGUGGUAUUUUGAUAUUCGUAAGCUAUAAGUCCUCAGUAUUUUAUGCAUGCUCUUGUAUAUAAAAUAGUCAUACACGUCAAGAGGAAUUAUUAAUUGAAAAUAUAAAUAAAACAAACGACGUCGUUUUAUUUCUAAUGUGUAUCUAAAAUAAAAUGGUGGUGGGAAUUGUUGAUUAUGGCGAAACAUUCUGAGAUAUUUCGAUUGAUAGAGUUAAUUGAAUUCGUGUUGAAACUUCACUGAUAUAUAAAGUAUAAUGUAGUUGAUAUAUUUUGAAAAUACAAUCAAAGAAUUAUACUGUUGAAUCUAUCGAUGUGAUGAGUGGAAAAAUUGGAUGAACUUUUUGGAUUAUUUUGAAAUAUUCAAGGGAUGAUAGUAUGUGUAUUGGAAUGUAAUAUAGCUUUAAAUCUAUAUAUUUUAAUUGUCAAAUAUCAAUGGAUGAGAUCAAUGGGCCGAGGUGACGAUUGAUUUUGAGAAUAAUUUUGAAUGAUACUUUCAAAAUGUCAUUUUUUUUUUCAUUUGUAUUAUCAGCUAUUCUCAAUGACAGCUGACCCUUAUUCAUGAGAAUUAAAGAGAUUUCAACAAAAAAAAGGGACUUCUCUCUGGUUGGAAAAAGUGAAUGACAUUUCACGAUGAAAUGAAAGCUAAUUCUGUCUAUAAAGUCGUCGCUGAGAUUGCAAAAAUCACCAGAAUAUCCGGAUCUCUUCGAGAGUACGUCAAAGAUUAAAUAAUUGAAAAUAUACCGUCACCUUGGUCUCAUAUCCUGGCCCAGCCAAUUAAAUCAUGUAUAGUAACUAUCACAAUUGGUCGCUGUGAAUCGGUGGUAAUGAAUAUCUGAUGUGACUCUAUUACUUUAAGUGAUUACUUUAUAUCAAUAUUAUGAGUAAGUAAUAAAAAUCAUUGUAAGUAAAAGAAAAAAAA